AACUCAAAAAGAGGAACCAAACAGACAACAAAAACUUUUGGGCGCGCUUUUUGCCUUGAUAAAACAAAAGAAGAAGAAAAUAUGGAUUAUAGACUGCCAGUAUCUGCAAGAACCAGAAGCAGAGAAGCAAAAUGGUAUAAGCACAUUUAUGAAGAGAUAAAGCCUACUAGCAGUUCAGCUAGUCUUAUAGAUCUUCAUAAUAAGGAGAAGAGUUUUAGUUCAGGGUCUUGUCAAAAAAAUUACAAGGACAUUUCUGGGUCUGCUAGUUUUAGUGGGGGAAAAAAGAUGAAGAAAUCUUGUUCAAAGGGUAGAAUUGAGAAUGGUGAUAGUUUUGGUGAGACUAAUUUGGGUGAUGAUGGGGAUAAUGAAGAGGGUUUUGAUUUGGGUGCUUCAAAUUCUGAAUCUGAUGGUGUAGUGUGUUUGGAUAUUGAUACUGAUGAUGAGGAUAGUAGGGUGAAGGGUUGUAAGAAGACACCUGAGGUGGAAGAAAGCUGUAGUGGGUGGAAAUCUUCAUUCAGUGAUGAUGAGAUUGUGGAGAUUUCAGGAGGUGAAGAGUCUGAGGAAAUCACAGUCAUUGGCAGUGAACAAGAGAGUGAUGAAGAGGAGAGUGAUGAAGAGGAGAGUGAUGCAUCAGAUGAGGAUUAUAAUGAGGGAAAAUCUGACACUUCUUUUGAUUCUGUGGAGUCUAGUGGUGAGGAUGAUGAGCCAGAGAAAGAACAAGCUCAGAAUUCAAGUGGUAGAGAAAAAACUGAAAGGGUUAAGAUGCAUAGUUUAGAUGAUACUGAAAUUGAGUCUCUUGGUGAGGAAGAAACUGAGGUUUUGAGCAGACAAAUUGGUAUUAAGAGAAAGGGGAAAAAUGUUAAGAUGCAUAGCUUAGAUGAUAGCGACAUUGUGGUUAUUGAUGACGAAGAAAGUGAGGUUUCGAGUAGAGAAUUUGGGUUUAAGAGAAAAGGCGAAAAGGCUAAGAUGGGAUUGAAAAGGAAAACAAACUCUCUGGAGUUUGACUCUGUAUCAAAGAGAACAAGAUCAUAUAAUACUAGGCAAAUUAAGUAUGGAGGCAGUAGUCGCAUAAGUGUCGAGGAAACUACUAAGCAAACUAAGCGUGAAGGCAGUAGCCGUAUAAGUGUGGAGGAAGAUGAUGAUAGCUGUGAGCAAGUGCAGGAUCUCUCUAAGAGGCAGCCAAUCAAAAAGAGAACCCGUACCUUCAAUGAUAAUGAAGUUGUCAAAAUUCUUGGAAAUUCUAUGUUUCAUGAGGACUCAGUGAUUUGUGAAGAGAAAGAAAUUGCUGAAGAAGCGCCGGUAGAGAAAUCAGAAGAAGAGAAAGAGCUGGACACACUUUGGAAUGAAAUGGCCCUUGCUCUUUGUGCCAAUGAUGCAGUAGAGGAGGAAACCAAAGCUGAUGUUUUUCCUAAGGUUGAACCUCAUACAGCUGAUCUUUGCCAACAAGGGAAUCACCAAUUUAUUCUUGACGAAGAAAUUGGAAUAUUAUGCAAAUUUUGCUCAUUUGUCGAUCAAGAGAUCGAAUAUUAUAGUGUACCUUUUGGUAAAAAAACAUUGAGAAAUUCAGGUCGGAGAGAUCCAUUUGGAGAAAGGUCUGACAUAGUAUUUGACAAGUUUCAUGACCAUGGUAAUGACUCAAAGCAUAGUUAUGAUUCUUGCACUCAUGAGCGAGGAACAGUGUGGGACAUUAUUCCUGGUAUCGGAAAGGACCUUCAUGAACAUCAGCGUGAUGGUUUUGAAUUUCUGUGGAAAAUGGUUGCCGGAGGAAUUCAUCUUGAUAAGCUGAAAGAGCCGAGCCAUCUCGAUGGUGAAAGUGGAUGCAUCAUAUCACAUGCACCUGGGACAGGAAAAACCCGUUUAGCAAUCGUUUUUCUCCACUCCUACAUGAAGUUGUAUCCAACUUGUAGACCAUUGAUUAUUGCUCCUUGCAGCAUGCUGCUUUCUUGGGAAGCAGAAUUCGAAAAAUGGAAGGUUGACAUUCCGUUUCACAAUCUAAACCAAACAAGGUUCUCUGGAAAGGAAAAUGCAGUUGCUAUGAGGAUGAUAAAAUCUGGACAGCAGAGUGUAAACUCCAUCCGUAUGGUUAAACUCUAUUCUUGGAAAAAGGAUAAGGGUGUCCUAGGCAUUAGCUAUAAACUUUUUGAAGAACUUGGUGGAGAAGAAAAUAAGAGAGGCAAUGCAAGAUGUAAAUCUAACAGUGAUGUGAGAAAAGCCCUCCUUGAACUCCCGAGUCUUGUAUUUCUUGAUGAAGGACACACGCCACGCAAUGACCAAAGUCUUAUCUUUAAGGCAUUGUUAAACAUACGGACGGAUAAGCGCAUUAUUCUCUCUGGAACCCCUUUCCAAAACAACUUUGAUGAAUUGUAUAACACGCUUUUGUUGGUGAGGCCAAAAUUUGCAGAUCACCUGUCUUACAGAGGUAAUGGUUUUCUUACAAAAAAGAAGCGAGACAGUGGAGCAAAAAAGACUUGGACAUCAAUGACCAAUUCCAUUGUUAAAGAUGGCAACAACAGAUUUGAAGCAGAUAUGUUGGAUGAGGUGAGACGGACAAUCGACUCCUUUGUGCAUGUUCAUAAAGGCAAUAUUCUGCAGGAGAGACUUCCCGGUUUAAGAGAUUCUGUGGUUAUUUUGCAACCGAUCAGUUUGCAAAAACGCCUCCUGGACAAGAUUCAAGUAGAAGGAUGUGCACAGCCUUUGAAAUUGGAGUAUCAGAUUUCUGUAACUUCUGUACAUCCAGCUCUCAUGAGUAAGGAUUCAUUUGAGGAAAAACAAAAGUUGGAUCCAAAUAUUGGAGUCAAGACAAAAUUUCUCAUGGAGCUUAUCUUGCUUAGUAAGGCCAUUGGUGAAAAGGUGUUAGUUUUCAGCCAAUAUCGUGCUCCACUUGAAUUGAUAGGCGAGCAGCUCCAAUCGCGGUUCAAUUGGAUUGAAGGGAAGGAAAUCUUACAUAUGCAUGGAGCCAUCGAGGCAGAUCAUCGCCAAUCGCUUAUUAAGGAUUUCAAUGCUAAGAAGAGUGAUGCAAAAGUACUGCUUGCAUCAACAAAGGCCUGUUCUGAAGGUAUAAAUUUGGUUGGUGCUUCAAGGGUGGUUUUGCUUGAUGUUGUGUGGAAUCCAUCUGUCGAACGACAGGCUAUAAGUCGUGCAUAUCGGCUCGGGCAAGAGAAGGUUGUAUAUGUUUAUCAUCUGAUAGCAUCUGGAACAAUGGAAGAGGAUAAAUACUGUCGUCAAGCUCGGAAGGAGCGUUUAUCGGAGCUGGUAUUUUACUCUUCAGAUUCAGACAAUGCUCACAGUUCACGGAGAAUAUCGCCCGACAUAUCCGAUGAUAAAAAGGACAAACUGCUGGAAGAGAUAAUCCACCGCAACAAUCUGACAGACAUACUGAAGAAGAUCAUUUACCAGCCAAAAGAGUUUAUUUUUCAAGACUCUUACGAUCUGCAUAAUCUGUAAGUGACUAACUAAUUGCUAUAGGAAUUUUGGUCAAUAUUCUUUUAGAUGCAUAUCAAGUACACCAUACAUGAAGUUAAAUUUCAUAGUUCUAAUCUUUGGCUUAGGAAACAUUUUGAAAUGUAUUAAUCAACUGAGGCAAAGAAUAUACAUCUUUUUGGUGACCAGUGAUUGACUGAACCUUGAUAUCUGAAUUCUGAAGCAUGCUUGUUUUUGUUUC